GUUGGGAGGGGCGGGAAGGUGAUCCAGGGGACCGGACAGACGGACACGUGGGAGAAGACGGAUGCUUGGGGGUGGGUGAAGGCACUAGAUAUGCAAAGCAGAGACCUCCCGCCCCAGCCGCAGCCCAGCUAGCUGCUCUUACGUUGACUCAGCUCAGCCUCCAGGGCAUCACGCAGCACCUGGCCCCAGUGUGUCGCCCGUGUGGCAUUCCCGGGAUCAGUCAUGGAGACUCCGGCGCCAGGCUCAGCUGAGAUGCCGCGCCAAUUCCCCAAGCUAAACAUCUCCGAAGUGGACGAGCAUGUCCGGCUGUUGGCUGAGAAGGUGUUUGCUAAAGUGCUCCGAGAGGAGGACAGCAAAGAUGUCAUGUCCCUGUUCACUGUCCCUGAGGACUGCCCCAUCGGGCAGAAGGAGGCGAAGGAGAGGGAGCUGGAGAAGGAGCUGGCCGAGCAGAAGUCAGCGGAGACUACGAAAAGAAAGAAGAGUUUCAAGAUGAUACGGUCUCAGUCGCUGUCUCUGCAGAUGCCAACGCAGCAAGACUGGAAAGGUCCUCCAACCAUCAGCCCGGCCAUGUCUCCGGCAACCCCUGUGGUCACUGGAGCCACUACCCAGCCCACACCAGUGCCCUAUGCCAUGCCUGAGUACCAGCGGGUCACUAUCAGCGGAGAUUACUGUGCCGGGAUCACCGUGGAGGAUUAUGAGCAGGCUGCCAAGAGCCUGGCCAAGGCCCUGAUGAUCCGGGAGAAAUACGCACGGCUGGCCUACCACCGCUUCCCACGGACCACAGCACAGUACCUGGCUCAUCAGGGGGCUGGCACGAUACCCUUGGAAGAAGGUCUUCCAGACUUCCACCCUCCCCCGCUGCCCCAGGAAGACCCCUACUGCCUGGAUGAUGCGCCCCCCAACCUGGACUAUCUGGUCCGCAUGCAGGGGGGCAUUCUCUUUGUAUACGAUGACCAGACAAUGCUGGAGCGCCAGGAGCCCCACAGCCUGCCCUACCCGGACCUAGAGACCUACACGGUGGACAUGAGCCACAUCCUGGCCCUCAUCACCGAUGGCCCCACGAAAACCUAUUGCCACCGGCGACUGAACUUUCUGGAAUCCAAGUUCAGCCUUCACGAGAUGUUAAAUGAAAUGUCCGAGUUUAAAGAGUUGAAGAGUAACCCCCAUCGAGACUUCUAUAACGUGAGAAAAGUGGACACGCACAUUCACGCAGCAGCCUGCAUGAACCAGAAGCACUUGCUACGCUUCAUCAAGCACACGUACCAGACAGAGCCCGACAGAACUGUGGCCGAGAAGCUGGGUCGGAAGAUCACCCUGCGGCAGGUGUUUGACAGCCUGCACAUGGACCCCUAUGACCUCACUGUGGACUCGCUGGAUGUCCACGCGGGCCGGCAGACAUUCCACCGUUUCGACAAGUUCAACUCCAAGUACAACCCUGUGGGGGCCAGUGAGCUUCGGGACCUGUAUUUGAAAACUGAGAACUACCUGGGAGGAGAGUACUUUGCUCGGAUGGUCAAGGAGGUGGCCCGGGAGCUGGAGGAAAGCAAGUACCAGUACUCCGAGCCACGGCUCUCCAUCUAUGGCCGAAACCCUGAGGAGUGGUCCAACCUGGCCCGCUGGUUCAUCCAGCACAAGGUCUACUCGCCCAACAUGCGCUGGAUCAUCCAGGUGCCCCGGAUCUAUGACAUAUUUAGGUCCAAGAAGCUGCUGCCCAGCUUUGCGAAGAUGCUGGAGAACAUCUUCCUGCCCCUUUUCAAGGCCACCAUCAACCCCCAAGACUACAGGGAGCUUCACUUGUUCCUCAAAUACGUGACAGGGUUUGACAGUGUGGAUGACGAGUCCAAGCACAGCGACCACAUGUUCUCAGACAAGAGCCCCAGCCCGGACCUGUGGACCAGCGAGCAGAACCCUCCCUACAGCUACUACCUGUACUACAUGUACGCCAACAUCAUGGUGCUGAACAACCUCCGCAGGGAACGGGGCCUCAGCACCUUCCUCUUCCGGCCUCACUGUGGGGAGGCCGGCUCCAUCACCCACCUUGUGUCCGCCUUCCUGACUGCCGACAACAUCUCCCACGGGCUGCUCCUCAAGAAGAGUCCGGUAUUGCAGUAUCUCUACUACCUUGCUCAGAUCCCUAUUGCCAUGUCUCCUCUCAGCAACAACAGCCUGUUCCUGGAAUAUUCCAAGAACCCUCUGCGGGAAUUCCUGCACAAGGGACUCCACGUCUCUCUCUCCACCGAUGACCCCAUGCAGUUUCACUAUACGAAGGAAGCGCUCAUGGAGGAGUAUGCCAUCGCGGCUCAGGUGUGGAAGCUGAGCACCUGCGACCUGUGCGAGAUCGCCAGGAACAGCGUGCUGCAGAGCGGCCUCUCCCAUCAGGAGAAGCAGAAGUUUCUGGGACAGAAUUACUACAAAGAAGGACCUGAAGGCAAUGACAUUCGAAAGACAAACGUCGCUCAGAUCCGGAUGGCAUUCCGAUAUGAGACCUUAUGCAAUGAGCUCAGCUUCCUGUCUGAUGCCAUGAAGUCAGAGGAGAUCACGGCCUUGACCAAAUAGACCCAGCAUUUGGUAAUCACCUUCAGUUUGGGGGUCAGUUUCAGGUCUGUUGGAGCUAACAGUUCCGAGGUACGGAACUCGGGCUUUCCUCUAUGAGGAGGAUGCCCCAGAAGACAUUUCAAACUCCUGAUUAGGACUGAACAUGUCUACUUCUGUUAGCGCGAGUGAGAGUUAGUCAUUUCUCCUUGGGGACCUGGGAGCCAGCACUUGUGCCCAUAUUCCACACAUUUCUCUUGUAACCAUCAGUGCUUCAGUCAUCUGGGCCAGGAUUUUCCCUGAUCAAAAGUCAAAUGACAGAUCUGAAGGUUUCUGUUGUAUUCCUUGGUAGGCCCCGUAGGCUGAUGGAUCACUGUCAUUUCAGCCUCUGGCUGGCUGCCUUAAACAAGAUUAACUUCAGAGCUCCCUUUCAUAAAGGGGCCACCUUGAGAGUAGAAGACUGCCUUCUGGAAAAUUUCAUCUUUUAACCUGUUUUGUUUAGCACUCCUCCCUCCUUCCUAGUUAGGACGCCAACUGCACCCGUUAGCACCAUCACUCCUGUGGUACUAUGUUCCUCACCCAGGACUAAUGCAUCAUUUCUGAUGUGUUCUGUGAAUACCCCUCAUGGCACACUCCAGGAUUGGGGAAGAAAUGGGGAACGGGAGGUUCUGGGGCUGUCAAAGUGACUGCCUUCCUGCUCUCCUGAGAAGCACAGGACCAGAUGACCUCUGGUUCUUUGGCUGUGGCACUGCGUGAUUGCCGUCCUCUUAGCACUUCUGAAAUCAGACCAGAGCAGUGAAAACAGGAGCAGAACUGGGUUUCCUUGUUCCUAGUCCUUUCCCCUCUACUCCUUUAGGCCUCACAGAUGUGGGACUUCUUAUCACUUUAACAUGGUACAGUUUACUUAAAAGACAAAACAUCUCACGUACAUAAUACAAAAGAUUUCUUCAGAAGCUACAAGCGGUCCCAGGGGGCCAGUUUGAACGCAUUUUCAAAGACCAAUCUGAAGUCAUUUGUGCUCCUAGUGCCUAGUACACAGUAGGUGUUUAAUAAAUGAACAUCGAAUGAUUUUUCUUUUGCUGUUCUGUGUUGAGUACUCAACAAAUUGCUCAAGGCCCUCCCUAUCGGUUUGUGGGCAAAUUCAGACUACAGGAAGUCCUUUUGACAGCUAUCAAGUUAGAAGGACCUUUCUUUUUACUUGGAACUUGCUUAUUUGACUUCAUAUUAGCUCGUGCUAUGACCAUGUCAUGCCUGACUAUGCAGUGGUCAGCUCAGCAUAUGAAACUAAGUCAUUUUUCCAGUAGGCCAAUACACAUUCUGUUACACAGCUAUUUAUGAAGCUUCACUAUGAACUUCACUAUCUGAAGGAUUCUUUUUGAAAAGCCUCCCUAACUUGGCAAGUACUGUACAAGUUUUCAUUGUCCUCUUACCUGUGUCAAACAAUUAAAAAAAGUUAACUCCAGUUUGUUAGGACUGUGGCUAGAUCAUUUGAAACUGAAGUUACAACCUGGAAGAAAUGUUUUAAAAUUUGUUUGAAGAGUAACUGAAGGGCUGGGAAAAUGUCUCAGUGGCCCAAGGCAUUUCCUUGCAAAGCCUGCAGGCUUGGUUUCAAUUCCCAAGUCACCCAUGUAAGCCAGAUACAAAAUAUGGUAUAAGCAUGUUGGUUGUUUGCAGUGGGAAGAGGCACCCAUACACACACAAACAUACAAAUAAAAAUAUUCUGUAACAACCAAAGCCACCAGAGCUGUUACCCGUCCCUGAACCAUGGGUGGCACCACCAGGAAACCCAGUCUAUUACGCGGUUCAGAAGACCCAGAAGGCCAACCGCCACCAUGUUUCCAUGUUCCAUGUUGCUGCUAGCAGCUCACCCUCAGGGCACACAUCUGCCUGGUUUUGUCUUUGUCCUGCAAGCUUCCAGCACCUUUUUCUAUAGCACUUUGCACUUUUUUUACAGUGUUAUACUUA